AUGCAUCUCAAUCUUGCUGGUCUGGCGGUGGCUGCUACGGCCUUCCUCGCAACUGCCAGCGCCCUUUCGCCGCAAGAUAUCCCGGCCGAUCUCCCUGUUUCGAACCUCUUGACAAAGGCGCAGUCGCAUCUGUCCCGCGGCGAGACCAGCGAAGCUCUCGUGUACUACGAUGCUGCCAUCGCCCGCGACCCGACGAACUACCUUUCCCUCUUUAAGCGGGCCACCGCAUAUCUCUCACUCGGCCGAACCUCGCAGGCAACUGACGAUUUCAACAAAGUCCUGUCCCUCAAGCCUGGCUUUGAGGGAGCCCAUCUUCAACUCGCCAGGCUUCGUGCCAAGGCUGGAGAUUGGGAUGCCGCAAAGGCCCAGUACGGUCUUGCUGGAAAGGCUCCCAAGUCGGCUGAGUUUGUCGAGCUGGAAGAGGCCAAGCUGGCAGCUCACCUAGCUGACAUGGCUAGCAAGGGCGGGAAGUGGGAAGAGUGUGUCAGCCAUGCCGGUACUGCAAUCGUUGUCGCGAGUCGAUCUCCUCAUCUGCGUGAACUCCGAGCGCACUGUCGCUUCGAGCUCGGCGAUGUCGAACUUGCUCUCAGCGAUCUGCAACACGUCCUUCACAUGAAGCCUGGCGACACUUCUCCCCAUAUCGUCAUUUCGGCGACUUCGUUCUACGCUUUGGGUGACCUGGAGAAUGGUAUUGGACAAGUCAAGAAGUGUCUUCAGUCAGAUCCUGAUUCCAAGAUCUGCAAGAAGUUGCACAAGCAGGAGAAAAAGGUCGAGAAAGCAUACAAGAAGAUCCAGGGACAACUCAGCCGAGGACAGCCUACCACAGCGGGCAGGGCAUUGGUCGGUACUGCCGAUGAUUCUGGCUUGGUGCCUGAUGUCCGAAAUCAGGUGGAGGAGCUUAAGAAGAACAAGAGCAUCCCUAAGACCGCCCGUAUCCAGCUUCUGGAGAAUUUGGUCGAGAUGACUUGUCAAGCAUACACCGAGUCAAGCCACAAAGAAGCCCCCAAGUACUGUGACGAGUCACUACAACUCAAACCUGACUCUUUCUGGGGUCUUCUACACAAGGGUAAGGCUCAACUCAAGAGUGAGCUUUACGACGCCGCCAUUGCUUCCCUUGAGAAGGCCGCCGAGAUCCGCCCGGAUCUGAAGGAGAAGGUCAACCCAAUUCUUAACAAGGCUCACAUUGCCCUCAAGCGCAGCAAGACCAAGGACUACUACAAGGUGCUUGGUGUCGAGAACGACGCCGACGAGCGCCAAAUCAAGUCGGCCUACCGCAAGCAAUCAAAGAUCUUCCACCCUGACAAGGCCGCCAAACAAGGUAUCCCCAAGGAAGAGGCCGAGAAGAAGAUGGCCAGCAUCAACGAGGCAUACGAAGUUCUUAGCGACCCCGAGCUACGUGCCCGUUUCGACCGUGGCGAUGAUCCCAACUCUCAAGAGAGGCCAAACCCUUUCCAGGGACAGGGCAACCCCUUCGGUGGUGGUGGUCAUCCAUUCAUGUUCCAGCAAGGCGGUGGGGGUGGUGGUCCCAAUAUCAAGUUCCAGUUCGGUGGUCAACCAUUUGGAUUCUAG